AUGGGUCAAGUAGGCCUUGCAGGUGCAUUUGCGGGUCUCAGUCUAUUCAACAAUGCUACUGCUGUCACAUUUGACCCUUCUGUGUCUUCCUUACUCGCUCGCACCGCCGAAGGCGCCCUAACUACGCUUGGCACUACGAAUGCAGGCGGCUUAAUUCGAUCGGGUUGCGCCAUCAAUGAUAUUUUCUACUUGGCCGGAUCCUUCUCAUCCAUUGGCAAUACAUCCGUGUCUGCCAGCAACAUCGCGUCAUACAUGCCUUCUUCCGGUGUAUUUGCUGCGCUCGGCUCAAACGGUCCUAACGGUCCAGUAUACUCGCUUUAUUGUGACAUAUCCACCAGCCAGUUAUGGGUGGGUGGGAGCUUCACGUCGCCGGGUUCAUCCGUAGCUAUAUGGGACACCAAAUCCAAUUCUUGGUCCGCCCCCCCAUUCAAAGGCUUCACGGGUGAUGGCAGAGAAGUCCUUUCCAUCACCUCUAACGCCUCAGAGAAUAGUCUCUUCUUUGCCGGCUCAUUCCUCACUUCAUUCGCCGCGAAUGCCAUUUCACUAAAUACCACCAACAAUCCCAAUGUUCCUUAUUCUCCUGGCGCUACGCCGUUUUCUUCGUCACUCGUCCCUGUUCCUCUUCAAGCCGCAGAAAUAUUGGGACAACCAUCGUCAUCUGACCCCGAGUUUAGCAACAUUUCGAAUAUACUAUGUCCUGCUGGUCCGGAUGGACCUGGCAACACGUGGUUGGCUGCGAAUGGUAAUGGCGCUGUAAUUACUAUCCGCGACUUCUCGUCUAUCAAUGCCUAUGGUGUUCGCCUUGGUAACACGUUUCAGAGUGGAUUUGGAACGACGACUUUCAGUGUCACAUCCAUUCCAGACAAUACCGUACAGACCUUGUCAUAUGUCAACCCAUCAACUGGACAAAACAUGACAUGCACAGCUACCUGUCCUUUGUCCACCGACUCAUCAAUCUUAUACCAGGACUUCAUUUUCACCGUUCCGGUGACAUUGACCGGUAUACAGAUCACUCUGUCGGGUUGGAUUGGUGAAGCUCCUGGUUUGCACAUGUUACAGCUACUGUCCUCUGGCGCGUUCGCAUCUAGCAACGGGAACCUGCAAUCAUGUUUUUCACCUAAUCCAUCCAACAUCACUAGUACGGGCCAGUGGAGCAUGAAAAAUGCUGUUACCAAUAUCCCCGCAACACUCCAAACCGUCCUAGUCUCCACAGUGGCUGUCGGCAUGUCCCCCUCUCAGGCUCCCAGUUUUACUUGGCAGCCCUACGUCUCUGCAUCUGGCCAGUAUGACAUAUACCUUGUCAUUCCUGGUUGUGCAGACUUCCAGGAUUGUCCGCUCCGUACAUCUGUUCAAGUCACUGUCUUUCCAGGUGGCGGAAGUCAACCCUGGGUUUCUACUAUUUCACAGCAGGUCCAGUCUGACAUGACCACACUUGUCUACAGUGGUCCCAUUGUCCCCUCAUCCACAGACUUCGUGACUACCGUAUCCAUGACGCUUGCGAAUAAUCCUGAAGGGACUGGUCAGGAUGGGCAGUACGAACUUGUCGCCGGUGAUGUUGCGCUGGUAUUGACGUCGGCCAAUGUGACAUCGGCCGCUGGGUCUGGGUCGUCUGGGUCCAAUGCGACUUCCCAGCAUGGUUUCGGUUUCUUCGAGUGGCCAUUGAGCUCUAGUGCGAGCAUUGAUGCUACUGGAACUAUUCCCAACACAAGCGAGACUUCUUUGGACACGAUAUCCAUUGAUCUCUAUAACGCCCUGGGAGCUACGACUUCUACCACUGCGUCCAUCACAGCUGUCGCACAGCAUGCCUCUGGCACUGUUUACAUCGGUGGCAAUUUCCAGCUUAUCUCCGGCUCGACAAGUGGUGUCUCAAACAUUGUUGCAUUCAAGAGUGGCUCGUUCAUUUCUCUCCCUAAUAAUGGUUUAAAUGGGCCUGUGACCUCCUUCGUGCUGAGCGGCAACGAGCUCUAUGUCGGUGGCUCUUUUACAGACACCAACACAGCUUCUACGCAGGGCAAACUCAAUGGUGUUGCUAUCUACGACGUCAGCUCUAAUUUAUGGAAGGCCAUGGGUGCAGGGGUCAACGGUGUGGUCAGUAGCCUUGCGCUUGCCAAUGGGCAAAUCGUGGUUGCAGGCAAUUUCACCGAGACUCUUAAUUCGUCGGCUGCCGGUGUUCCUGCCGGUGGUUUAGCCACCUGGAAUGUUAGUAUCGGUUCGUGGGUGAACAGUGGUGGAUUUAUAGUGGGCAGCAUGACGUUCAUCGGCAACGGGACUUUGCCUGCUUCGGGUCAGAAGCAAACCCAGUUCGUCGCGGGUAAUGUGCGUACUAUGGCAGAAUACGGUUCCAGCGGCCUUGUGAUGUUGUCUAGUGGUGGAAGUACAGGCCCUCUCGUGACACCUAUGAGUAUCCAGCUUACUAGCAACGUUACGAAUUUAUCUUCUCCGGCGACUUUAACGAAGCGCCAUCCCCACGUCCGUCGCGGACCAUCUACAUGGAUAUCUCACCUCAAUAUUGGAACCUUAUUCACUCGCCAGAGCGCAACUUCAAGCGCCCUGCCGCCUUCCCCGCCUGCUCCUGCUCCCGCUGUCCUUGCUGGGACAUUCUGGACAAAUGUUUCCACUUCCCACCAGGUAGCCAUAAUUGGAGGCAACUUUUCAUUCUCUUCAUCCUCUACGACCUCAUCCGCCAUUGCUAUCUAUGAUCCCGUUACGUCUUCAAUAUCUGCGCUCGCUGGCGCCCAGAUCAAUGGCGUUGUUCGCGCCGUCUAUGUUGAUCAGCAACAACAGCUUUUCAUUGGUGGUGAAUUCAACCUCACUGGAACCUCGGCGAGUGGAUUGGCUCUUUAUGAUCUAUCUACUCAACAGUGGGAUACAUCAUCCAUGCAACCAUUGCAACCCUCUGCAGGAUCUUCGGUCGUUGUUCGUUCGAUAACGUCGUCAGUAUACAAGUCUGACGCUGUGAUUGUCGCCGGUUCAUUCGUGCAGGCUGGUUCUGUGUCUUGCCAAGCCAUCUGUCUAUUCGAUACCACCUUGAAUCAAUGGAGCCUGCUCGGAAGCGGUAUUCAAGGAGAUAUCUCGUCUGUCUCAUAUGCAGGAAAUACCCAAGAAAUCUUGAUUGCUGCUGGAUCUAUCACAUUGGGUGGAUUGACGACCAACAUCGCACAGUAUAAUUUUGCGGAUUCCACAUGGGCUGCCAUUGGGAAUAGCGCUGAAAUUCCAGGACCAGUUACAGCAGUGGCGGUCAACAAUGGCAACUAUUCCAGCAUCUUUGCAGCUGGUCGCACUGCUGACGGUUCCUCACCGUUCAUGAUGUUCUGGGAUGGUGUUUCUUGGAGUAGUGUUGGAUCUUCGUUUCAAGGAACCACCAACAUUUCCCAGCUUCUCAUGGUCCCCCUGCUAGACACGCAUUCAGCUAACAGCAUCAUUGAAUCUGACCGGAUGUUGAUGAUCUCUGGUGCGCUGUCCGACUCUUCGUUCGGUUCUGCAUCCUCUGUUCUCUUCGAUGGUUCUUCAUUUAUUCCUUAUAUGGCCGCUGUGACUGCUCAGGGAGCGUUGGGCUCAAUUUCCUCACUGUUCUAUUCACUCGCAAACUUUAGCUUUGGUCAACAACAGUUCCUUGCAACUGGUAUUGUCAUUCUCAUUUCCAUUGCCAUUGCGGCUGGGGUUGUGUUCCUGUUAGCACUCAUCGGCAUUCUCUGGACCCUACUGUCUCGUCGCGAUGAUAGAGUAGCGAAGUAUAAUGCUAGUGACGAUGAUGACGACGAUAAUUCAGUUCAACACCGACCAUCGUCAUUACUAGAGCACAUCAACGCGGCCACACGAACAACGAUUCUUGGUGCCCCGAACCCAUUACAUGUGGUCGGCACUGAGAAGGACGAGGUCACGAGAAAAUCCACUACUGCAGAGCUUGACCCGUUUGGACCAGAUGGUAGCAACUACUUGCGAGCUGAAACUCCCUCAGACGCAGUUGUGGGUACGAUGGCUGCCGAAGAGGAGUUCGCUCGCCCUGCGCACGCUCGCUACUCGUUCGAUGGGACGGGUGAGGGUGAACUACCUUUGACGGCUGGGCUCGAGGUAGAAGUGUUAGAUGAUCGGGACGCUGCGUGGUGGUAUACGCGAAAUCCACAAACAGGCCAGGAGGGCGUGGUACCCGCGGCUUAUUUGUAUUGA